UUCUCCAUGCAGGCGAGGAACCAAGGAGGGAGAGAAUCGCCAGCGGCAGUGUGUGAGGAGAUAAAAAAGGGUAACAGCUCAAAAGGAGAGCCUUUUGGUUUUACCCUGCUUAUACUGCAAACAACCAUCAUGGCCGGGCAAAGCUGCCCAGAUCAAUGAUAGAGUGGGCGAGAGUCAGAGAGGGGCAGGGCAGAUUUGCUACGGUGACAUCGUAAGAUUUGCAGGAGCCAUGCCGAAGGAGUACCCAGCUUCUCCCAAAGCCCAACAGCUGCAGGAAUCCAAGAAGCAGCGCCUAACAUACAUCCUUGUGGUGAGCGCGCUCUGCAUCGCCUUUUAUGUCCUUGGUGCAUGGCAGAACACCACGCUUCCGAAGCCUGUGGGAAACUCUGCGGACAUCACCCGGGUUGGCUGUGACCCCACCACCGCCACAGCACAGUCCUCGGGCUCUGGCUCCGUGCCAUCCUUCGGACCAGGUUCCGGUGAGGCACUCGACUUCGACGCACACCACCGGCUCACCAUCAAUGACACAGAUGCUGGCGCGGGACUCCAGCCGUUUCCGGCUUGCCCGCUCAAUUUCAGUGAGUACACGCCGUGCGAGGACCGUACGCGUGGGCGCCGGUUCGACCGCGCCAUGCUGGUGUACCGGGAGCGGCACUGCCCUGGCAAGGACGAGCAGAUUCGAUGCCUCAUUCCCGCACCGCCUGGGUACAUGACCCCCUUCAAGUGGCCUAAAAGCAGGGACUAUGCUUAUUUCAACAACAUCCCCCACAAGGAGCUCAGCAUCGAGAAGGCUGUGCAGAACUGGAUCCAGGUGGAGGGCGACAAGUUCAGGUUCCCCGGUGGCGGCACCAUGUUCCCACGUGGCGCUGAUGCCUACAUCGAUGAUAUCAAUAAGCUCAUCUCGUUGUCAGAUGGGACGAUCAGGACUGCAGUCGACACAGGCUGCGGGGUUGCUAGUUGGGGGGCUUACUUGCUGAAGAGAAACAUCAUUGCCAUGUCGUUUGCGCCAAGGGACACGCAUGAAGCGCAGGUGCAGUUUGCUCUGGAAAGAGGUGUCCCUGCCAUCAUUGGUGUGAUGGGGAAGCACAGGUUGCCUUACCCAUCUAGGGCAUUUGAUAUGGCGCAUUGCUCACGCUGUCUAAUUCCUUGGUAUGAACAUGAUGGAUUAUACCUUGCUGAAGUCGAUAGAAUUCUAAGGCCAGGAGGAUAUUGGAUUCUCUCGGGUCCUCCAAUCAAUUGGAAGACAUACUACAAGGGGUGGGAGAGGACCAAGGACGACCUCAAGCAAGAGCAAGACAAGAUUGAGGAUGUUGCGAGGAGCCUUUGCUGGAAGAAGGUUGUUGAGAAGAGGGAUCUUGCCAUCUGGCAGAAGCCUAAGAACCAUCUUGAGUGUGCCAAUAUUAAGAAGACAUAUAAGACACCCCAUAUCUGCAAGAGCGACAAUCCUGAUGCUGCUUGGUACAGGCAGAUGGAAGCCUGUGUUACUCCAUUGCCUGAAGUAAGCAACCAGGGAGAAGUGGCAGGUGGAGCGGUGGAGAAAUGGCCAGAGAGGGCAUUCAAAGUUCCCCCCAGGAUUAGAAGGGGAAUGAUUCCAGGAUUAGAUGCAAAGAAGUUUGAUGAGGACAAUAAGUUGUGGGAGAAGAGGGUGGCAUACUACAAGCGCAUCAUACCCAUAGCAGAGAACAGAUACAGAAAUGUGAUGGACAUGAAUGCAAACAUGGGUGGCUUUGCUGCUUCUUUGGUGAAGUACCCUGUGUGGGUGAUGAACGUCGUCCCUGUUAAUUCUGACCGGGACACCCUUGGGGCAAUAUACGAGCGAGGGUUCAUUGGCACAUACCAGGACUGGUGUGAAGCCUUCUCAACAUAUCCAAGAACCUAUGACCUCCUGCAUGCUGACAAUUUGUUUAGCAUCUACCAAGACAGGUGCGAUAUAACAGAUAUCCUCUUGGAGAUGGAUAGGAUACUAAGGCCCGAGGGCACAGCUAUCAUCCGUGACACGGUUGACGUGCUCACGAAAGUCCAAGCAAUAACCAAGCGGAUGCGGUGGGAGAGCCGCAUCAUGGACCAUGAGGACGGCCCCUUCAACCCAGAGAAGGUCCUCAUGGCAGUGAAGACGUACUGGACUGCCAAAGCAUCCGAAGAACAGAAUUAGCACAUAGGCAGUCGCUGAAGCCUGAAUCAGGCUUGUUCCACCAGCUGUGAUGAUGGCGUUAGGGUUUCACCAUCUCAGAGUAGUACGAGACCACUUGGUCGCAUGAUUCCUUUCGCUUUUCUCUAAUUCUUUGUAGUUCCAGUUAGAUGAGAAGGUUGAGGAAGGUUUUGGGGUGUGGUUGAGCAUCAAGCGAUACAAGAACUGGUUCUGUAGCAGGGGGAAAUAAUGCUGAUCUUGCAUAGGUUCCUGGCCCAGUUUCACAUGAGGGGAAGAGCAUAGUUUUUAGUUUGUAAUGUGAUGGCACCGAGCAGGCCGUGUUAGGAAUAUUGCGUUAACUGAAAUAGGUAUUUAUUCAGUUUGCCUCUAAACUCUGAACUUUCUAUUGCUUGAAUAUUGAGGCUGUCAGUUCAGUUCUCGUGCAAA